AUGGCCGUAGUGCAACGAGAUGCCACUGCACAAGACCCUACUGCCUUUAGAGUCACCUUCACGUUGGUGGUCUUCGGCACAGAAUGCGUAAGUGGUAUACUUGGGAAUGGCUUCAUUGCAGCUGUCUAUGGGGCUGAAUGGGUCAGGAACAAAAGGCUCCCCACUGCCGAUGGCCUUAUGCUGAUGCUGAGCUCUUCCAGGCUUGCACUACAGAUUUGGUUGAUGGUGACUUUUAUGUUCAGACAGUCCUUCCAAGACGUUUAUUACCGAAAGUCAUUGGACCAGUUCUUCAGAAUCACACUUUUGUUUCUGAACUAUGCCAACCUCUGGCUUGCGGCAUGGCUCAAUGUCUUCUACUGUCUUAAGAUUGCCAGCUUUGCCCAGCCUUUGUUCUUGAUGCUGAAGAAGAACAUUGGGGUGUUGAUGCCACGGCUCGUGUGCCUGUCACUGCUGGUUUCCUCAGGCAUGUGCUCUCUUUUUUUUAUAAACACCUUCAACACGUAUGUGAACAGCUCCAUUCCCGUCACUUCCGCCAACACCACUGUGACGAACAUCAUCACGGAGACCAAUGUGGUCAACCUGAGCUUCUUCUACUACCUGGGGAUCUGCAUUCCUCUGCUCCUGUUCCUCACAGCGGCCACACUGCUGAUCCUCUCUCUCAAGAGACACACCUUGCACAUGAAGAGCGGUGCCACGGGCUCCAGGGACCCCAGCAUGGAGGCUCACUGGGGAGCCAUCAAAUCCACUAGCUGGUUUCUCAUCCUCUAUGUAAUCAAUGCACUGGCUAUAUUUAUAAACAUAGCCAGCAUCUUUGACAUAUACAGCCCCUGGGACAUUGUGUGCAGAUUUAUCAUGGCGGCCUACCCAACCAGCCACUCAGUGCAGCUCAUCCUGUGUAAUCCUGGGCUGAGGAGAACCUGGAAGCGCUAUCAGCACAGAGUUCUGCUUUAUCUCAGAGGAUAA